AUGCGUUUUUUAUGGAUUUUUAUCGCUAUUCUAUUGGCAAUGUUUGCCUCAUCAACAAUGGCUCAAGGAACUCAACCAUAUCCAUGUAUAAUGGGUGGACUUCCUAUGUGUAUUACAUAUUGUAUACAACAAGGAUGUGCUGUGGGUCGAUGUGAUAAUCCACAGUCGUGUAUUUGCGACCGAUGCAAUGCAGGAUCAGGGCCACCACCACCAGGAACGAAAUAA